CAAAUCAACCCACAAACAAAAACCCAUCUACUACUCUACAUACAUACAUAUCGUUUCUAGCAAAAUGUCUGGUGUUUGGAUUGUCGAACCUAAUGGUGUAUAUCGUUUUGUUAAUCCACAAGCAGAAAGUAAUUCGAAUGGAAGGGGUGGGUCGUCCAUUGGGCGACCAACAGUUUUGGUGUACUUGCCAACUGGUCAGGUAAUAUCUUCCUACUCUGAAUUAGACCAGAUUUUGAAAGCUUUAGGGUGGGAAAGGUAUAGAGGAGCCUCUGACCUCUUGCAAUACCACAAGCGCUCUAAUGACCUCAUUUCACUCCCAAAAGACUUCGCCAUGUUCAACUCAGUUUACAUGUACGAUAUUGUUGUUAAGAUUCCCAAUAGCUUCCACGUUCGAGAUAUGUGAGAAACUACUCCAUCCCUCAAUUCCCUCCAUAUUAUAUAUGCUUCUUGUAAUGUCUUUUUUUUAUGUGUGAUAAUUUCAGUUUAAAUAUCUCACCUUUAUUUAUAUGUAGUUUAAAUAUUAGUAUAUGUCUUCUACAUAUAAAUAUGAUCAAUAAUUGUAUGUCUACGUAAGCUUUGUAAUAAUUAAUGUUAUAGUAA